CCUCUCAUCUAUCUAUAUAGAGCCAUUUUCCUGUCUGUCUUUCCCAAAUCAAGAGAACUAAUCAAGCAGCCCUCUUUUUUGUAGUUGUGUUUCCUCACCAUCAUCAACAACCCAUCGUUCUCUCUCUUGUUAGGAUGCCAAGACCAGGCCCAAGACCCUUUGAGUGUGUGAGAAGAGCUUGGCACAGUGAUAGGCACAACCCCAUUAGGGGUUCUCUCAUUCAAGAGAUUUUCAGGAUUGUGAAUGAGGUCCAUUGUUCAGCUACUAGGAAGAACAGAGAAUGGGAAGAGAAACUCCCCAUUGUUGUGUUCAAAGCUGAAGAAAUCAUGUAUUCUAAAGCAAACUCUGAGGCUGAGUAUUCUGAUCUUGAAACACUUUGGGAAAGAGUAAAUGAUGCCAUUGACAUCAUAAUCAGAAGAGACGAGACCUCUGAAACUGGGGAUUUCUUGCACCCUUGUAUUGAAGCUGCAUUGCAUUUGGGUUGCUUUCCUAGGAAACCAUCAAGAAGCCAACGCAACGAUUCGCCUAGAUGUUACCUUAGGCCAGAAAAUGUAGAGGGUGCUUUUUUUACUGACUCCAAUUUUAGCUAUGAAAUUUAUGGAAAUCUUGCUAAGAUUAGCCCCCUUGUCCUCCAUUGCCCACGGUACGCGGCAUUUGACACCAGGAAUCCGUCACCUUCGUGCAUAAAGGCUCACGAUCGUAGAAAUCCAAGCCAUGUCAAGAAAUUUGUCAUGCUACCUAACAAUUUGGUUCCAAGUGAUAACCAUCAUGCAUCAGGAGAAGCUUCAAAUUCGUCGAACCUAUGGCAUGUGUUUCCUUUGCACUACGGUGAUCAUCUUGAACCAUCGAGAGCUUCAUUUCCGAUUCCCCAACUUAUGGAUAGUGAUGAAAUUGCUCCCCAACCAAGCUCACCCACCUUAAAGCUUGAUACUUUGAGCACUCAUUGUCCAUCCAGCCGUGAACUUGCUUCAGAAAAGGAGCAGCAGGCUGACUGUGACUUAACAUUGCGGCUAGGUUCUCUCGUAGUUCCUUGUGCUGGUAUUGAGAAUAGUUGGUCCCUACAGCUGGAAAAUGGUGAUAGGGGCACUGUAGAUCAGAUCAAAUCCGGUAGCCAUCGCAACGAUUGAGUGAACCAAAACCUGUCAGUUGGGCAUGUUUUGAUGAGAAUUAUAUGCUGCCAUUAGAGAUAACUAUGAGUAUGCGCAAAGUAGAUACAACGGGAAUUGGCAGUUACAAACAGCUCUGCUCGUUGCAGGAAAGAAAGCAGGCUCAAAGCGGAUGACGAUCUCCGAUGCUUUUGUCAUUAGAAAACUGCUUUUUUCAGUCAAUAGGUGGAAGGAGACGAUGGCGAUGUGGUUAGGGAAGAAAGGGGAGAUGACGUUGAGGAGUAUGAGGUUGGAGAGAUCAAGCAGCUAUAGUUGAACUCUAUCUGCAGCCGUCGAUGGAGCCAAAAGUAAGAGACGGCACUUUCUUCUGCGACCUCCUUCAAUGGUAGGCCGCAAGAAAUCUCUUGAUGAAUUCUCUGCAGCAUUCUUUGCCACUGCGUUCUUGUUUGUUUGCCCCUCGUAGAGUCGCUCAUUCAACGAGUCAAACGUCUAGGCCCCAAAGAAUGCGAGGAAGGAGAAUAUCGGCCCGGAGGAUGGUCCCAAGGUUAAAGUGCUUGUUCGGGAAGUUUUUGACAUAGUUGGUGUCCUGCCACUCCGACAAGCGUGCGUUAUGAGGUCGUCCAGGUCCUCCCGGCUCGACAUGGCAUCUGCAUUGGAGUGGAGUCAGUAGGAUAUCAUGGCCACCAGCACUGUGCAGUCACUCUUGUUGCUUUGUUGAUAGCGUUCGAUCAACGAGGCAAAGAAAAACGGAGCUUUAAGCUUUGCUCGGCCAUCUCUGGUUAUCAACUGCUUGUCUUCCCGUGGACAAGCUGUCUUGUUUUGGUAAAUUCAUCUUUGUGUAAGAAGAUACUCUUAAGAGGGGCAUCGAGAAACACACACUUAAAUUAGUUUUUGAAGCAGAAUAGCGUACCUCUCGCUUUUGGUAUCAA